AAAAUUCGCCGGCAAAUGCGGCGCGCAGUAUGCAAAACAAUUCCGGAACGUGCAGUUCAGCUACUGUAUCUGAAUCUAAAAUAAUAAUAUAAAAUCAAACUGCGAGCAAACCUAGGGUAAAGUAAACAAAAACUUCGCCAGCGCCAAAGACCGAAUUCGAUGAACGUGCGCGAAAAACUCAAACUAAAUAGGGUGAGAUUGGCGAAAAAGUUGUUCGGGUGAUAGAUAACCCCAGGGGUUUUUCGUGCUGCCUGCAUCCAAUCCAAAUUAGCGGCCAAAACGCAAGGAAAAUAGCCGCCGUCGAAUCACAAAUAAAUCCGACGUAGAGUGAAAAAUAACAUUAGCGUCGCAAUCCGAGGAAUUGCAGAAACGCUUGCCAAAUAUUUUGAAAACCGCGAAAAGUGCGUGGUGUGCCAUUUUAUCGGAUUCGAAAGUAUGAGUGGCUAGAUGACACAAUAUAUACAAGUGGACCGCCAAAAUGCAAAAACACAACGCGGGAAACCUAUUUAAAAUAAUUAAAUUUGAACUGGGAAGCGCUUAGGUGGAAAUAUGUUUACGUGGCUGAUGAUGGACGUCCUCCAGUUUGUGAAAGGGGACAUGACAGCCGAUUCAGAGGCAAAUGCCACAAAUUGGUAUAAUGCGAACGAGAGCUUAUAUACCACGGAACUGAACCAUAGAUGGAUUAGUGGUAGCUCCACAAUUCAGACAGAGGAGUCCCUUUAUGGCACCGAUUUGCCCACCUAUCAACAUUGCAUAGCCACGCGGAAUUCCUUUGCUGACUUGUUCACUGUGGUGCUCUAUGGAUUUGUGUGCAUUAUCGGAUUAUUUGGCAACACACUGGUGAUCUACGUGGUGCUGCGCUUUUCCAAAAUGCAAACGGUCACGAAUAUAUAUAUCCUGAAUCUGGCGGUGGCAGACGAGUGCUUCCUGAUUGGAAUACCCUUUCUGCUGUACACAAUGCGAAUUUGCAGCUGGCGUUUCGGGGAGUUCAUGUGCAAAGCCUACAUGGUGAGCACAUCCAUCACCUCCUUCACCUCUUCGAUUUUCCUGCUCAUCAUGUCCGCGGAUCGGUAUAUAGCGGUGUGCCACCCGAUUUCCUCGCCCCGAUAUCGAACUCUCCAUAUUGCCAAGGUGGUCUCAGCAAUUGCCUGGUCAACUUCAGCGGUCCUCAUGCUGCCCGUGAUCCUUUAUGCCAGCACUGUGGAGCAGGAGGACGGCAUCAAUUACUCCUGCAACAUAAUGUGGCCAGAUGCGUACAAGAAGCACUCGGGCACCACCUUCAUACUGUACACAUUUUUCCUAGGGUUCGCCACACCGCUGUGCUUUAUCCUGAGUUUCUACUACUUGGUUAUUAGGAAACUGCGAUCGGUGGGUCCCAAACCAGGAACCAAGUCCAAGGAGAAGAGGCGAGCUCACAGGAAGGUCACGCGACUGGUUCUGACGGUGAUAAGUGUAUACAUUCUAUGUUGGCUCCCUCACUGGAUUUCUCAGGUGGCCCUGAUUCACUCGAAUCCCGCGCAGAGGGACCUCUCCCGACUGGAAAUACUCAUCUUCCUGCUUCUGGGGGCACUGGUUUACUCUAAUUCUGCGGUGAAUCCCAUACUUUAUGCCUUCCUGAGUGAAAACUUCCGGAAAAGUUUCUUCAAGGCCUUCACCUGUAUGAAUAAGCAGGAUAUCAACGCUCAACUGCAGCUGGAGCCCAGUGUUUUCACCAAACAGGGCAGUAAAAAGAGGGGUGGCUCCAAGCGCCUGUUGACCAGCAAUCCGCAGACUCCUCCGCUGUUGCCACUGAAUGCGGGUAACAACAAUUCAUCGACCACCACAUCCUCGACCACGACAGCGGAAAAAACCGGAACCACGGGGACACAGAAAUCAUGCAAUUCCAAUGGCAAAGUGACAGCUCCGCCGGAGAACUUGAUUAUAUGUUUGAGCGAGCAGCAGGAGGCAUUUUGCACCACCGCAAGAAGAGGAUCGGGUGCAGUGCAGCAGACAGAUUUGUAACCCAGCUUAAGUAGGAAUUUCCUUUAAACAAACCAAUAUUAUAGUAUGCAUUUAAAUGAUUUUGUAUUCCUUUCUUAUCCAAACAAAAGAAGAACUUAAGACUAAGCAGUAUUAAUAUGUGUCUACGUUAAAAAAAUCGAGAUCAGAAUUGGAAUUCAACCAAGAUUUGAAAAAAAGUCUGUACAACCGCACAUCGAUAUAUUAGCAAUAUAUUUAACUGGAGGGGCUUAAAUGGAUUACAUUUUCUUAUUGAAAUAGAUUUUUUGCAAAGCAUACAUAAACAUGCCUUCACAGCUAAUAACAUAAUAAUAAUUAAUAUUAACUGUACAACCCAAUAUUUAAAUAAAUAUUUUACUGCCAAUAUACCCUCUUAAAUAAAAUGUACGUAAGUCCCCAUCCUCUUACUAAGUAAAUAAAUUUAAAUAAUAAUAUCGGAAUCUUAAGAUCCAAUCUUCUUUUUAGUCCUUACCUAAAAUAAAAUGUUUGCUUCUCGUAGAUUAAUUAACCAAUAAAGUAACUACGCUGGUUUAUGCAAUUAAAAUCGCAAAAGACGGAUUUGUAUAAAAUAAGCAGCUUAGCCAGAGGUAAGUCAGCCAGCCAAGAUGCUCGUAAAAUGUGAAAUAAAAUACUUUUCUGCGAGGAAAGACGCAGGAUGCAUCCACUUGGGUCAGAGCCACCAUAAAAUUCCGCGGAUGUAGGAGGCUGGGAUUUAAUUGAAAAUGUAAUAGGUUAAGAUACAGACAAUUAAUAAAUAUUCAGGAUUUUAAUUGUAAAUAUAUGAGAAUCUUUUCAAAAAAAAAAUGAUUAUAAAAACAAAAACUGAUGAAAUCUGUUUGUUUGACAAACAGUAUCUCAUGGAAUAAGCUGAAAAUUCUAUAAUCUAGUAUUUAAGUAUUUUUAAAUAUUUAAAUAAUAUAGCUAUGGUAAAUGUGCUUAAAAAUUAGUC